AUGGGUGCUGUGGAGACAAAGAUCCCACAGUUCUUCACUCGGGCUGUCGAUACAAUGCCUUUGCCCGGAGACGAACUGUCUUUUGCGCUCGGAAAGGAUGGUGCAACCAGGAGGAAACUUGCUCGGGCCAGUGGUUGCAUCCUCGAAUAUGUAGGCAAUGUGGCUUACAUGGCUGGUACGUUAGAGGAACGCCUUCGUGCGAGGGAUUACCUGACGUGGCUGACCUGGCAACGUACGGGUUCAGUUACCAUCGAGACAGCUGGACGCAACGACGUGCGCGAGAUGGAGGUGCCGGAAGAGAUGAGAGGAAUGAUCAAAGCAGCAUCUUUGCGCGAAGUGGAGAAGGAAUCAGGCACUUUCUGCUUCUUCCAGGGUGACAGCAACUCUGAGAUCUUGCUGAUUUGUGGUCAUCGAGAAGAGGGAAGAGCCUAUGCUGAAGAGCUGCUUAUGGAUAUCAUCAUGAAAGGUUCAGUGCAGCGGCCAACACCGCAAAGAGCGCAAAAGGCCCCGCGUCAGCGACGGCCACGACCACGGCGCCAACGGAUAUUCCCCGAGCCGCAGAACAGCAGUUCCGAAGAGUCCGAGUCAGAGGCAUCUUCGACAGGUAGCGGUCAAUCCAGUCUUGUCUACGAGUCGGCGCCUCCAGCAAGACGCCCCCCUCCGCCCUCUACCACACCGCCACCACCACCUCGAGCCAAGGGGUGGGUGACUGGUCCACGAAUCCGUCAGUGGGCCUCGCAGGACAACAGUGAUUCUGACGACGAGAUCGUUCCAUACUGGUAG